UUUUAUUUGAGUGAGGGUAUUUGCUGAGGCACAAUACGCAUUUGAGACACAAAAAUUUGACACAAAAUUGAAACCUCGUUGUAGCAUUGAGAGAUAAUCCAAGCUUACUGUUGCAUUGAAUCUGUUUGUAUAUUUCAAUACUAUGUCUUGUGUUAUUUGGGUUUGUCCUAAUUGUUUCUGCAACAUGUUUCAAAGACUCCAUUCAGUUUCUAUGACAUUGUCAAUUCAUCCACUGGGGGGGUGCUCCCUUGUUCACAUGCAAUGUGCGGCAAAUGCUCUCGUCAAAGCCACCGGUGUAACUAUGAUAUGACAUAUUCCGGCGGAAAUCGCAUCACUAGUUUUCUCGUAUCAGAUGUGCUGCAUCUUGACACUAUUCCAGUGCGAUCUUAUGUUGCAUUGGAAUCUUCAGCACCCAUUGUUUUCGGGUGUGCUGCUUCUGUAUCCGGACUUUUGGCUGGGACCCGAGCCUCAGUCAAUGGGAUAUUUGGCUUUAGCCAAGGUCCCAUGUCUGUUCUAUCGCAGUUGUCUUCACGAGGAAUGACCCCCAGCGUGUUCUCCCACUGUUUGAAAGGAGAUGACUAUGGUGGGGGUAUACUCAUACUUGGUGACAUUUUGGAGCCGAGUAUUGUUUAUACUCCCCUUGUCCCGAAGCGGCCAUAUUAUGCAAUCUACUUACGGAGCAUUGCUGUUAACGGGAAAAUUUUGCCGAUUGAUCCAGUAGCGUUUACAGUAUCACAUGGGCGAGGAACUGUUGUGGACUCGGGAACUACUCUAGCAUAUCUUAUAGAAGAAUUAUAUGAACCUUUUAUACAUGCUAUAACUUUGGCUUCUUCUAAACAUGUGACUCCCGUGGUUUCAACGUCAGGAAACCAGUGCUAUCUCACGUCCAUCAGCAAUUUAGCUGAGGCAUUUCCGUCAGUCAGUCUGAAUUUUGCUGGCGGCGUCUCGAUGGUGUUGAAACCACGAGAGUAUCUUAUUGAUGGCGGUUAUUAUAAUGGCCUUCCUUCGUGGUGCAUGGGUUUCGUUAAAGCUCACAAAAGGCUCAACAUGCUCGGAGAUCUUCUUCUAAAAGAUAAGAUUGUUGUUUAUGAUAUAGUUGGUCAGCGGUUGGGUUGGGCAAACUUCAAUUGCUCCUCGCCCAUAAAUGUCUCUGUUGGUAUUCAUGCAAGACAGUGGAGUGACAGCAGCUUACUAGGUGGAGACAUGAAAUUCCAGCGGCUAGCAACUCGAGUAGCGGCUCUUUUGAGCUUAACUUGGGUGUUAUAGUGGUCUGAUUGCUUUUGAAAUUAUUGUUGUUAAUUGAAUUUUAGCUGAUAACACUCCUAGAGUUUAGAUAAGAACUGAUCUAUGUGUAUAUAUGUGAUGAUACAAUCAAUGAAAACUCAAUUUUUGCAUCUAUUUAUACCUGCGGCGAAGUCCAAUUUUGCCUGGAAAGGCUCCAAUUUGCCUCAAACCCACCGAAAACCUUAUAAAAGGGUGGUCUCAAAUCGUCACCUCCGGUACUCCGCCGCCCCUACAGUUGUUUGGGCUUUAUUCUAGGCCUCAAGGGAAGUCUAGUAAUGGUGGUAAUUGGAGGA